CCCGCCGGCUCCCUCUCCCCUCUUACCGGCUCCCUCCUUUCUUCUUCCUCCUCCUCGCUGCCGGAGACCCGGAGACCGGUCCUUCGGAUCCACCUCCGGUGCAUGGCCGGGGCGGGGCUUGCCGCGUCCGUGGCUGCUGCAACUUAUAUCCCUAGUAAUCAGGCUUGAAAUCAGCUUCUUUCUGAUGUGAUGUACCCACAGUUAUUAUAUACUCCCUCCGUUUCAAAAUAAGGGUCGUGGUAGGUAAUAUUUGCUUGGCACCAUGUACCUAUGUUUAAUUUCUUAUUAUAUCCACAGAUACACCUGAAGGACUCGGAAAUGGCUGACAACAUGCGCCAUGUUCCAAAAGAUUCAAUGAUGCAUGGUGAGGAUGGUACUGGACUCGCAUCCUCUUCAAAUCAAACGGAUGAUCUCGAAGACGUAAAGGGCAUUUUUACUCAACUUAAAAUAAGCCCGUCAGAGCCUGAUCCGGCGGCUUCAAAAGGUUUCACCUUCAGCGAGGUUAACUGCUGGCGACCAGCAAGCAGCAGGAAGUUAGUCUGCUGCAACUUCUCUUCCGACGGCAGGAUCUUGGCAAGUGCUGGACAUGAAAACAAGGCUGUAGUUUGGAACAUGGACACUUUCCAGACUCAUAAUUUACCAGAAGAGCAUGCUUACCUUAUCACCGAUGUCUGUUUCAGACCUAACUCUACACAGAUGGCAACAUCUGCUUUUGACAAAACAAUUAAGCUAUGGAAUGCUAGAGAUACUCGAUUCUCUCAUCAUACAUUCUCUGGGCAUAAAUAUCCAAUUGUGUCACUAGAUAUUCAUCCAAAGAAGACAGACCUUUUGUGUUCUUGUGAUAGGAAUGGUGAAAUCCGGUACUGGAACGUGACUCAGCUUACCUAUCUAGGUGCCAUGAAGGACGGUCCUCUCGUUCGUUUCCAACCUAGCACUGGACAAUUACUCGCAGCUACUACAGGAAAUGUUGUCUCUAUAUUUGACGUUGACACACAUACCAAAAAGUACACCUUGCAGGGCCAUAACAUAAGCGUGCAGUGGUUGUGCUGGGAUAACAGUGGGGAGUACCUGGCAUCUGUCAGUGAGGAUCAAGUUAAGGUUUGGUCAGUAUCAUCAGGAGAGUGCACUCAUGAGGUCAGCUCAAAUGGAAAUGCGUUCUAUUCUUGUGUGUUCCAUCCAAGUUAUACCAACCUCUUGGUGAUUGGAGGCUACCAGUCUUUGGAGCUAUGGGACAUGGUAAACAACCAAAUUAUGAUGGUACAAGCUCACGAAGGUAUAAUUGCCGCGUUGGCACAAUCACCGGUAACCGGGAUGGUGGCUUCCGCGAGCCACGACAAAUCUGUCAAGCUGUGGAAGUAAGAAUAAUAUGUGAGAGGAAGGAAGUGUAUUUAUCUCGAUAGGUGUGUGUAUGUGCGGAAAUUGGCAAUGGCUCCUAGGUGCAUAUGCACCCAUUGUCUAAAUACACAUUUUGAAAAGUUGAAAAAUUCCGAACAAAAAUCCCGUGUGUAUAUCCGGACAUUCUAUGUGCGUGUACAAAGUUUUCGGUGAAAAACAAGGUUUUUUGUGGCUUGUGUAAAAAAAGACAAAUUCUGAU